AGUACUUACGGCCGACCACAUCACUCCAGCUGCCCUAAGAGACAACGAACAAGAGAGGGGAAAAAAAACAUUAGUUCAUAUUAUUAUUACUCAAUAUCAUAAUUAUUUUCAGUAUGAAGCGCUACGGUUAAUUGAUCGUAACGUUUCCUGAAUUCCAUCAGAAAACCUUUUAUCGCCGGAACUAUAGUUAAGUGCAACUCAAACGGAAUGAAAACAAUGUAACACAACACCCGCGUGUUGCCGCGUGUGACGCUCAGGUCUGUACAAGUUGCAGAAGAAAUUAGUUGCCAAGUGGGGGGGAAAAUGGCAGAAAAGUUAUUACUAACGACCAAGCGCAUACAAUGUUGGUAUUGUUUUGGCUACGGAAUAACCACCCGACUUCGUUCGUCAAAGUAACACGGAAUAAUGGUCUACAUGUCUGCUGGCUGCUCAUCUUCUCUGUGUGCCUGUGGCUUUGGCAGCACCGGCGACUGCAGCUCAUACAAAGCGGAAGAACUGCUCCAUUGCUGUCAACGCAAAGCCGGCGGCCUGACCCGUAGGGGCGAAGGGCUCCCACAGCUUUCGGUCUUGUCCUUAGACAUCCCGCUGUCAAUGACCACGGAAGCAAAGAGCAGAAAUACUUACAGGACGUCCAUAAUUUGACAGGUCACAGGCUUCAGGUUGUUGUGGAACUCUUUCUCCUCUUCUCGGUGCUUUUUCUCUCGCCCUGCCUUGACAUUCCCAUGAAGACGCCGGGUGUCCAGUUGCCACCAGUUAUUUCUGUGAUCAUCCCCUCCCUUCACACUGCUCCAACUGCUCCACACACAGCACAGGGACUCAAUCAGACCCCCCAAAAAUAGCCACGGGGGGUGGUAAAGGGAAGGUGGGCGGGUUGGUAUGAGAUGCCUGCGGACCCCGGUGGAGGGUCCAAAUGGAGUCAUGUGCCCAGUCUUGUCCUCCAUUAACACAGACAGCAGGCAGAGGAGUGGAGUGAAGAUCCUGUAACUUUCUCGCUGCAGUGCACGAUAAGUGACUUUUUCAGCUUCUUCACGUGUUCACUGACUGAAGGAAACUUUCAGGGCGUGUAAGGACAUCUCGAACUGAACUGAGCUGGUGAUUUUUGGACCAUGAAGCUGAGCGUGGCACUGUUUUUUGCCGGUCUGUUUGGGGCGUUGGCAGCCGUGUUCAUCCUCCUAUCUUUUGGAACUGAUUACUGGCUGCUUGCCUCAGAGAGCUGCACUCACAGCUCAGAGGGAACUGUUGGUCCUUCUGUAGUGCCUGUGGAGCGUGGUGAUGUGGUGAUACAGGAUCCUGAGGAUCAGAGCUUUGUUACUGUGUACCAUGAAGGGUUUUUCUGGAGGUGUUCGUUUAAAGGCAACAUGGAUGAUGAAGACCUGAUCUCAAAGCUGUGGUUCACCAACCAGCCUGACACCAAAGUCUGCAUGCAUGCCUACCUCUUCCCGUUCCCCAUCUCUCAUCCCAUCAACAACUCCACAGAGUACGAGUCAGCCAUAAUUUAUAGAGGCUUCUGGAGCGUCUUCAUGCUGAUCGGCGUUGUGUCUGUGGUAUUGGGGGGAUUCUUCAUCAUUUGCGCUGCUCCGUUUGCCAGCCAUAAUCUGUACAAAGCCGGAGGCGUACUCUUCCUGACGUCAGGUAUUUUCCUGCUGGUGGUGGUGGUCAUGUAUGUUCUGUGGAUUCAGGUGUUGGACGUGGUGGAGCACUACAUGGACUACCAUAAGUCCAUGUGUCCAGAUUAUCAGUUGUCCCUCAGCUACGGUCUGUCCUUCAUGUUUGCCCCCAUCGGCAUCUUCUUCUGCCUCCUGGCCGGACUCCUCUUCCUCCUCAUUGGUCGGACCAUUAAGAUCCACUAUAACUGAGUUGAGUUAGCAGCUGAUCAGAGGACAGUGGGGUCUGGAGGUGUCUAGAGAACUAGUACUUUUUUUUUUUUUAAAUAAACCAAUUUUUUGCUAUACUUGGUCGCUAAUAUUCAUAUUUCACACGCUUGGACAUUUUUCCAUGGGCACGUUGCAACUAGUUUGGAGUGGAUUCAUGACUCAGUGUAGCUAAUGUAAACGGAGAGUGGUGUGGUAUUUGGUGAUAGUAAAAAAAAAACAGUAGUAUGGAAUAUAAAUAUACGUCAAAACGUUUUUCUAAGUUCCAAAGAGAUCGUGCAAAGCUUUAAUAAUUUUAAAGUUUCCAAUAAGUUUAGUUAAAAUUUUCAUGUUUGUGCUUUUUUUUCUUUCCUGUGUGGUCAUUAAGUGUUUGAUGCUGUAUAUUGGUUGUUGCCUUUUUAUUUGCAUAUUUAUUAAAUCCACAUUUAUGAAGACCUCUAGGAAAUAAUUCAUUAAAAAAUUUUUUUUAAAUUGUACAGAGAUUAAAUUAAGAUCUUAAGAGACAAAAGUCAGUGUUUUUGGAUAAACACCAGAAAUGUUCAUGUAAAACAAAACAAACAGUUCUUUUAAUAUUUUUCUCUCUUGUCUCAAAGACAGUUUAACUGUGAAAUUUCCCUUGGUCUGUGAAGGCAUCAUUGGCUGUAUGGCUUUUGUUUGGUUAAUUAGGCCUUCCUUAAUCAGCCAAUCAGAUGCAGAGCAGGAUGGAUCACGCUAUGGUUGUACACACUGAUGUCACAUGUGUAGUGAGUAGUAGUUCCUCUUUGCACUUUUGUCUCCUUUUGUCUUCUUCUGAAUAGAAUCCGACUUGUUUUUCUAUUAAACCAGACUUAGAAUAGAGGCGGAGCUACUCUGACCAUUUCUUAAAAGAUGUCUGCGUGUACACUAACAGUCCUUAUACACUGGCAAUUAUCAAUACUUUUCAAUGAUAGAUUUUUUAAGUUAUUUGUAGAAAUCUUUUCCACUUUUAAUUUUACAUUAAUCCCCCGACCCCCCACUCCCACCUUGAGAGUCUGAUGCUUAAUAUUUUCUGUUUUUCUGCAAUUUCCAAGCAAAUAUUUUCUAGGUAGUCACAUUAAGUUUUAGCGUGCCUUGUAUUAUCACUGUAAAUAGCCUGAAACAUGCUGCUUUUUUUGUUUUUUUUUGUUUUUUGUGGUCAGGUUUUACUCUGUUUGACCAUUUUAUUGGUUUAAUGCGAAGCAUGAAUCACUUAUUUUUUUAAAUGUAGCGUGUCUGGAACUGUUUUACUCUCACAUUGUCACGUGUUGUCUUUUAGCUGUAGUGUGUUGUGAAAUUCAAGAACAUGGCAACAUUUGUCUAUGAUUUGUUGCCAAUAAAACAAUGCAACGAUAUUAAGGUUUGAUUUUUAAAAUAAAGAAUUAUUAAAGAUUUGAGAAGAAUCUUUUUUUCAAUGACCAAAAAUUUGUUUUGUGGUUUGCUUAUUUUUUUAUUUGUUUAUUUUUUUUUUUAGAUAACAUUGGACUUUACAUUAAUACAGUUGUUUUAGAGGAUGUUGAGACCCAUCAGGUGGGAAACAAAAUCUGUAUCUUUAAUCCCUUACGUUUGAGAGAGAUGAUACCAGCAGAUGGCGCCCCUGUCCCACCUGUUACAUUGCGUAUGAACGUCAACCCUGUGUGUUUGGAAUCUCAUUUUGCUUAUCUGCGUCCUUCCUUUAUGAAGUGUGUAUGUCUGCGUUUGUGUAUGUGUGUAUGUGUGUGUUGCUGGGUGUGUGUGGUGUCCGUGCAUUUAAUCACAACUUGAGAGGAGGAAUCUGUAGAUGAAAGAAUUCACACCUUGGCUGACAGACGCAGGGUAAUUUCACUCAUGAAUGGAGCAUUUGAUCAGGAUCUGAAUGGACUCCUGUGUCGACUCGGUGCGUAUCAACUCUGCACCUUUAUAAUAAACUUAUCAUACAUAAGGAAAUGCAUCUGAGAGAGAGAGCUGAGAGGAGACGCGACACAAUGUGAGACAUUGAUUACUCUCUGAGAUUGGAUGUGGCUCCGCAGGAGAAUCUGAUGAUGGAGAAUCACACUUUCUUACACUUCUGCUGCGGCAAAACUUCGGUUUUCAGCCAUACAGUGAGGAGCAGCUCCACUGAGGUGAACCACGCUGAGAGGCCACUGGGGUUAGGAGAUGGUAAUGCAGCGCAUGAUAAGAUCCAACAAAUGGUUCUGUUUCAGGACGGAAUAGUCCUUUUUCAGCUGAGUCCCCACCCCCCGUCCCCCCAAAGGAGAAAAGGAGAAAAUUCUUAUCUGGCGGACUUCCCGCUUUGAAUGAAAUCCCAAUAAGAUUAAAAAAAAAGUUUAAUCAUCUCUCCAUCCAUAUACAAAUGAGGGAGAAAGAGCAAGAAAGAGAGAGGGUGGCGGAGGGUUUAAUGCAGGUGAGGUGGCAGCUUCCUCCAGGAGCAGCCGGAGUCUUCAGUCAUGUCAUCAGAGUGGGAGUCCCAGCUGAAUUCAGCACUGUUCUGCAUGAGCGCCCAUGAUAAUUGUGUGUUGAUAGGGAGACGGCGGAGAUGGAGUAUAAUUUCCACCGAGAGAUUCCUAAACAAAUACCUGUGCUCAGCAGAGGAGGAGACUUACAG